CUUCUAUUUUCCCAUUUAUUAAACUCUUGCCGAAUCAAAAUAGAUGAUUCCUCUUUUUUGGAAACGGAGUAUAACCAUUUCCAACCAACCAUAUUUUGAUCCUUUAAUUUUCUUAUGUAAACAUGGCUACCAGUGCAAUUUACCAAAACGUGUCUCUGUUUUCCUCCUCCUCGCCACCACUCUUAGCAACAGAUACUCACAGAAUUCCGACAUUCAAAAUCACCCACAGUUGUCAAAAAUCCACCAUCACCCCUUCUCUCAAACAAAUUUGCAAUCAAAACAACUUCAAAGAAUCAUUUUCAACUCUCUCUAAUAUAAUUACUCAUAAACAAUCAUCUCGAAAAUGUUUAUACGAAGCUUAUUCAUUGCUACUAGAGCUUUGUGCAUCGGAAAAGGCGUUACUACAAGGCAAACAAAUCCAUACCCAUGUCAUCAAAUUGGAUUUAUCUCGUACUGAUUCAGUUUUCUUGAACACCAAAGUUGUUUUUAUGUACGGAAAGUGUGGGUCGAUUUGGGAUGCAGAUAAGAUGUUUGAUAGAAUGCUUCAAAGAACUGUUUUCUCUUGGAACGCGAUGAUUGGUGCUUGUGUUGUAAAUGGGGUACCUGGAAUAGCAGUUGAGUUGUAUAGGGACAUGCGUUUCUUGGGUGUUACGUUAGAUGCUCACACUCUCUCGAGUACGUUGAAGGCCAUUAGUCAGCUUGAGUUUUUGUGCUGCGGGAGAGAAAUGCAUGGGUUCGCGAUAAAACUUGGUUUUAUUUCUAAUGUUUUUGUGGGGAACGCGUUAGUGACUAUGUAUACGAAGUGUAAUGAUAUUCGGGCAGCUACAUUGUUGUUUAAUGGAAUGAAUGACAAAGAGGAUACUGUUUCGUGGAAUUCGAUGAUUUCUGCGUAUGCUAUAAAUGGAAUGAAUCAGGAAGCGAUAAGUCUCUUUGUGGAAAUGCUGAAUGCAAUUGUUGAACCAACUACGUACACUUUUGUUGCUGCUAUUCAAGCAUGUGAGGAAACGGAAUUUGGACAAUUUGGGAUUGAGAUUCAUGGUGCUGUUGUGAAAUUGGGUUAUUCUUUUGAUACAUAUGUUGUGAAUGCUUUGUUAAUGAUGUACAUUAAAAAUGAUAGAUUAGAUGAUGCUGCUAAAAUAUUCUUCCAUAUGCGAGAAAAGGACAACAUUUCUUGGAAUUCCAUGAUAUCAGGAUAUGUACAAAAUGGACUUUAUGAUGUAGCAAUUAAUUUGUUUCAUGAGAUGAAGAAUGCAGGUCAGAAACCUGACCACAUCUCUCUUAUGAGUAUGCUUGUUGCAUCUGGAAGACAGGGGAAUUUGUUAAGUGGGAUGGAAAUUCAUGCCUUUUCACUGCGAAAUGAUUUGGAUAGUGAUUUGCAGGUUGGCAAUACUCUUGUAGAUAUGUAUGCAAAGUGUAGUAAGUUAGAUUACAUGGACUUUGUCUUUGGUAGGAUGCUGCAUAGAGAUAGUGUCUCUUGGACAACGAUUAUAGCUGCUUAUGCUCAGAAUAAUUUUCCCUGGAAGGCCGUUCAAUUAUUUCGCGAGUUACAGGCAGAAGGAAGCAAUUUUGAUGCCCUUAUGAUAGGAAGUAUCCUCCUUGCUUGUACUGAGUUGAGGUGCAACUUACUUGCAAAAGAAAUUCACUGCUACGUGAUUAAAAGAGGAAUAUAUGAUCCUUUUAUACAGAAAACGCUUGUGAGUGUUUAUGGAGAUUGUGAGAACGUGGACUAUGCAAAUAAUAUUUUUAGGUUGAGUGAAGUUAAAGAUGUCGUGUCCUUUACAAGCAUGAUGUGCAGUUAUGUGCAAAAUGGACUUGCAAAUGAGGCUCUUGGUCUCAUGCUCGAUAUGAAUGAAAUGGGAAUCGAGGCGGAUUUCGUUGCAGUCCUAAGCAUGCUCACUGCUGCUGCUGAUUUAUCUUCCUUAAGGAAAGGAAAAGAGAUUCAUGGAUUUUUGGUUAGAAAAGGCCUACUUCUACAAGAUUCCAUUAGAAGCUCUCUAAUAGAUAUGUAUGCCAGCUGUGGGACUCUGGAGAACUCAUAUAAGGUGUUUAAUUAUUUAAAGAGCAAAGAUCCGGUUUGUUGGACGAGCAUGAUAAAUGCUUGUGGAUUACAUGGAUGUGGUAGGGAAGCAAUUGACAUGUUCAUAAGGAUGGAAAAGGAAAACAUUCACCCAGAUCAAAUAACCUUCUUGGCUGUUCUUCGUGCAUGUAGCCAUGCCGCACUAAUAGAAGAUGGCAAUUUUUUUUUCAAAAUAAUGCAAAGCAAGUACGCAUUGGAGCCUUGGCCAGAACACUGUGCUUGUUUAGUUGAUUUGCUUGGACGUGCAAAUCACUUGGAAGAGGCAUUCCAAAUCGUAAAACAAAUGAACUUGGAGGAUAUACCUGCUGUCUGGUGUGCUCUCCUUGGUGCUUGUCAGGUAUACUCCAAUAAAUUGUUAGGAGAAAUUGCUGCAAAGAAGCUUCUUGAACUAGAGCCGAAGAAUCCAGGAAAUUAUGUUCUUGUAUCUAAUGUUUAUGCUGCGACAAAUAGAUGGGACGACGUGGAAGAAGUCAGAGUAACAAUGAAAGGAAAAGGGCUGAAGAAAGAUCCUGCAUGUAGCUGGAUAGAGGUAGGAGAUAAGGUUCAUACAUUUGUUGCUCAAGACAAGUCGCACCCAGAGUGUGUUAAGAUUUAUGAAAAAUUAGCUCAUCUGACUGAGAAAUUGGAGAAGGAAGCAGGUUAUGUGGCUCAAACCAAAUAUGUUUUGCACAAGGCGGAGGAGAAAGAAAAAGUCAAGUUGCUUAAAGGACACAGUGAAAGACUAGCUAUUGCAUAUGGUUUACUUUCUAGUACUGGUAGAAACCCCAUUCGAAUCACAAAAAAUCUUCGUGUCUGUAAUGAUUGCCAUACUUUCAGCAAGCUAGCUUCAAAGUACCUAGAGCGAGAAAUUAUAGUUAGAGAUGCCAAAAGAUUUCACCAUUUCAGGGAUGGCAUAUGUUCCUGUGGAGAUUUCUGGUGAAAGUAGUAAUUGGUUAUUCUAUUAAAUCUUUCUGAUGAUAACUAA